AUGGCCAACCCCAACCCCAACCACAUCGAUCUCGAAGACCGCGAAGCGCUCAACAUCGCCUUCUUGAAAAGUGCAUUCAUGCUCAUGGACGACGUCUUGACAAUACUCUGCACCGCAAUUUUCUACAUCUGCCUGCCAUUAAUCAUCUUGCUUCUCGCGACCAUGGAUCGUACAGGCGUCACCACCGAGAGGGAACGUCAUGAAGCGAGAGUGCGUGAGGGGUUGCGACGUCUUGAGCGAGAGAUGGAGCGUAGGCGAGGAUGGACUUGGAGGGAGGUGUGGGAUGCGGUCUGGAAUUGA